AUGGAUAAUGUUCCUUUUCAUCGGGCUCCUAAUAAAAGAAAAGCAUUGGGUUUACCUACCAUUGAAAAACAGUUAGCGGAAAAGAAUAUGACUAUUGAUUACUUCCCCGCUCACUCUCCAAUGUUGAAUCCAGCCGAACCAAUUGGUGGUUUAAUUAAGCAUAAUCUUGGAAAAAGUUAUUGCUGUUUUUGCUAUUACCAAACGGAACAAGAGAAAGCUGAGGAAUAUAGCGAUUACCAGCAAGUUUAUCAGCAAAAGUUGUUGGCAAGAAAAGCCAACUAUCAGCAAUACCAACUUUUAAGGAGUUAUCAAGGCUGUAAGCAAUGCGGAAGUUUAGCUGUUGAUGCUUAUUACCUAUAUGAAGAAAAUAAGUUAAUUUGUCAACCUUGCCGAAUGAAAAAAGAAGGUAGUGCUAGUGGUGCCAUUAGUUUUUUAGAACAGAAUAGUAAUCACCUUGCUAGUUGCCAAUGCUUAGAAAUAGAAGCCCAGCAACAUUAUUCAUUAAUUAAGGACAAUUUAAAAAGAAGUUGA